GCAGGGGGGAAAGCGGGGCGGCGACUCUAUGGUACCGCCGCGCGGCUAGCGCGGCCCCCUCCUCCCCUCUCCCCCCUCCUCUCCGCGCGCUGCACGCCGGGACGCGCCGGGUCCUCCUCCCCGCCCGCCGCCGGUCCUCCGAGCGUGCGCCGCGCCGACAUCGGCGCUCUCCCAAGAUGGCGGCGCGGGGCUCGGGCUGAGAGCGAGGAGCCCGUCGGCGACAGGAGGCGCACCCGCGGCACGGCCCGGCACGGCCCGCCUCGGCCUUCCUUCCCGUCACGUCCCGCCAGGCCUCGGCUUCGUCUCCUCGUCGUCGUCGCCCGCAGCCCCCGCAUGAGCCCGGCCGGCGGCGGCAGCAGGCCCAGGGUGGUGAAGAAUUAGGAGAAGCUGCAGUUGUUCAGUUGAGUGGAUCUAAAUGGGUGGCUUCCCUUUGGACCCUCGCUCCUCUGUCUUAGGUACAAGAACUGUAGAAGUCCAUUGUAGAAUUUGGAAGAACAAGUUUCUGCAGCUCUGGAAAGAUAUGCCAUGGAAGUAAUCAGCUGGGGUGGUCCCAGGGAGCCCUGGGCACGUGUAUUGCUGAGUGAUCAUUGGCUGCCACCUGCGUGACAAAGUAAAGGACCAACCCUUCAGUUUAAGCCGGUGGAGCCAGAUCACGGGAAACAAUUGACAGAGUUGUUAAGCUUAUGCUUAGCCCACCGUGACACAGGAUUGGUGUGACAACUUGGUUUUUAAUCAGUGACUCAAAAUUGUGAUCACCCUGAUGUCACCGAAUGGCCACAGCUUGUAAAAGAUCACCAGGAGAACCUCACUCUGAAAACAUUGAAACUAGCCGAAUGAAGCGAGCAGCUGCAAAGCAUCUAAUAGAGCGCUACUACCACCAGUUAACUGAGGGCUGUGGAAAUGAAGCCUGCACGAAUGAAUUUUGUGCUUCCUGUCCAACUUUUCUCCGUAUGGAUAACAAUGCAGCAGCCAUUAAGGCCCUCGAGCUUUAUAAGAUUAAUGCAAAACUCUGUGAUCCUCAUCCCUCCAAGAAAGGAACGAGCUCAGCUUACCUAGAAAACAAUUCCAAAGGUGCCCAUAACAAUUCCUGCACUGACAGAAAAAUGAACAAGAAGGAAAUGCAAGGCCCAAGAGAUGACUUUAAAGAUGUGACUUUUCUAACAGAAGACAAGAUAUAUGAAAUUCUUGAACUAUGCCGAGAGAAAGAGGAUUAUUCCCCUUUAAUCCGGGUGAUUGGGAGAGUAUUUUCUAGUGCUGAAGCAUUGGUACAGAGUUUCCGAAAAGCCAAGCAGCACACGAAGGAGGAGCUCAAGUCCCUUCAAGGAAAGGAUGAAGACAAAGAUGAAGACGAAAAGGAAAAAGCUGCCUGUUCAGCUGCUGCUAUGGAAGAAGAUUCAGGCGCAUCGUCAUCUUCAUCAUCAAGAAUAGGUGAUAACACACAGGGAGACAAUAACCUCCAAAAAUUAGGCCCCGAUGAAGUGUCUGUAGAUAUUGAAGCAGUCAGGCGGGUCUAUGAUAGAUUACUUUCUAAUGAAAAAAUAGAAACUGCCUUUUUAAAUGCACUUGUGUACUUGUCACCUAAUGUGGAAUGUGACUUGACUUACCAUAAUGUGUACUCUCGGGAUCCUAACUAUCUGAAUUUGUUUAUAAUCGUUAUGGAGAAUGGCAAUCUUCAUAGCCCUGAAUACCUGGAAAUGGCUCUGCCAUUGUUUUGCAAAGCAAUGAGCAAGCUACCCCUUGCAGCUCAAGCAAAACUGGUCAGAUUGUGGUCUAAGUAUAGAGCAGACCAAAUUCGGAGAAUGAUGGAGACAUUUCAGCAGCUUAUUACUUACAAAGUCAUAAGCAACGAGUUCAAUAGUCGUAACCUAGUGAAUGACGAUGAUGCUGUUGUUGCUGCUUCAAAGUGCUUGAAAAUGGUUUACUAUGCAAAUGUAGUAGGAGGGGAUGUGGAUACAGAUCAUAAUGAAGAGGAAGAUGAAGAACCCAUCCCAGAAUCAAGUGAACUAACUCUUCAAGAGCUGUUGGGUGAGGAAAGAAGAAAUAAAAAAGGUCCUCGAGUGGACCCUCUGGAAACUGAACUGGGUGUUAAAACUAUAGAUUGCAGAAAACCACUUAUUCCUUUUGAAGAAUUUAUUAAUGAACCACUGAAUGAUGUUCUAGAAAUGGACAAAGACUACACUUUCUUCAAAGUAGAAACGGAAAACAAAUUCUCUUUUAUGACUUGUCCCUUCAUAUUGAAUGCUGUUACCAAGAACCUGGGAUUGUAUUAUGACAAUAGAAUCCGGAUGUACAGUGAACGACGCAUAACUGUGCUCUACAGCUUAGUUCAAGGACAGCAGCUCAACCCGUACUUGCGACUUAAAGUGAGACGUGAUCACAUCAUAGACGAUGCACUUGUCCGGCUAGAGAUGAUUGCCAUGGAAAAUCCUGCAGACUUGAAGAAGCAAUUGUAUGUUGAAUUUGAAGGAGAGCAAGGGGUAGAUGAAGGAGGUGUUUCCAAAGAAUUUUUUCAACUGGUUGUGGAAGAAAUCUUCAAUCCAGAUAUUGGUAUGUUCACAUAUGAUGAAUCUACAAAACUGUUUUGGUUUAAUCCGUCCUCUUUUGAAACCGAGGGUCAGUUUACGCUGAUCGGCAUAGUGCUGGGUCUCGCUAUUUACAAUAACUGUAUACUGGAUGUACAUUUUCCCAUGGUUGUCUACAGGAAGCUAAUGGGCAAAAAAGGAACUUUCCGUGAUCUGGCAGACUCUCAUCCUGUUCUUUACCAGAGUCUGAGAGACUUGCUAGAGUAUGAAGGAAGUGUGGAAGAUGAUAUGAUGAUAACUUUUCAAAUAUCUCAUACGGAUCUCUUUGGCAAUCCAAUGAUGCAUGAUUUAAAGGAAAACGGUGAUAAAAUUCCUAUUACAAAUGAAAAUAGAAAGGAAUUUGUCAAUCUGUAUGCUGACUAUAUACUCAAUAAAUCAGUAGAAAAGCAGUUCAAGGCCUUUCGGAGAGGAUUCCACAUGGUGACCAAUGAAUCUCCUUUGAAAUAUUUAUUUAGACCAGAGGAAAUUGAAUUACUAAUUUGUGGAAGUAGGAAUUUAGAUUUUCAAGCACUAGAAGAAACUACAGAGUAUGAUGGUGGCUAUACAAGAGACUCUCUUAUUAUUAGGGAAUUCUGGGAGAUAGUCCAUUCAUUUACAGAUGAACAGAAAAGACUAUUCUUGCAGUUUACAACAGGCACAGACAGAGCCCCUGUGGGAGGACUUGGGAAGUUAAAGAUGAUCAUAGCCAAAAAUGGCCCAGAUACAGAGAGGUUACCUACAUCUCACACAUGCUUUAAUGUACUUUUGCUUCCGGAGUACUCAAGCAAAGAAAAGCUUAAAGAAAGAUUAUUGAAGGCCAUCACAUAUGCCAAAGGAUUUGGCAUGCUGUAAUAAAUAUAACAAAAGGGAUUAAAUAAAUGAUGGUGGUGAUGUCCCUGUCCAAAAAGGCCAUAAGAUAGUGAGCUACAGUAGUCACCUGUGUUUGUGCCUCCCUUCUUUACUGGGGACAUUGGGCUGGAACAGCAGAUUUCAGCUGCUUAUAUGAACAAAAUCUUUAUUUUUUCUUUUAGCGUGAAAGUGUUACAUAUUCUUUCACUUGUAUGUACAGAGAGGUUUUCCUGAAUAUUUAUUUUAAGGGUUAAAUCACUUUUGCUUGUGUUUAUUACUGCUUGAAGUUGAGCCUUUUUGAGUAUUUACAAGAAAACAAACUGUACUCUCCCAAGGAAAAUAUUGCCAUCAUUUGUAGACCAUGUAACCUUCAAGUAUGUGCUAUAUUUUUGUCCCUGUAUCUAAUCAAAUCAAGAACUGUACUUUUUGAAGAGUUUGCUUUUGAAACUUGAAGUCUUGGAAAACAGUGUGAUGCAAUUACUGCUGUUCUAGCCCCCAAAGAGUUUCUGUGCAAAACCUUAAGAAUCAAUAAAGAUGGAAGGGAGAACUUGGAAUGUUAAAUUGCAGCCUUGAGAACUUUACUUUAGUCACAGCACAACAAUUAAAAUUCAUUUCACUAUAUGUUGUCUUCACAUGUCUUGUAAUAAAUUGUGGUUUUAAUUAGAAAAACAUUUCUUAGCAUAUGAAAGGGUAGAAAUUUUAGUUACUUUUUUU